GUACUUCCUGGGCGGGAACACCAAAAUGGCGCCAGAGCCAGUGGCGGGUUGAGCCUGCUGGCCCUAUCCGGAGCCAGUGUACGGUCCCGGGCCUCUAGUCCCUUUCUGGACAUGGAGGAUGUGGAGGUGCGCUUCGCUCACCUCUUGCAGCCCAUCCGGGACCUCACUAAGAACUGGGAGGUGGACGUAGCGGCACAGCUGGGCGAGUAUCUGGAGGAGCUGGACCAGAUCUGCAUUUCUUUUGAUGAAGGCAAAACCACUAUGAACUUCAUUGAGGCAGCACUGUUGAUCCAGGGCUCAGCUUGUGUCUACAGUAAAAAGGUGGAGUACCUCUACUCGCUGGUCUACCAGGCUCUUGAUUUUAUUUCUGGCAAGAGGCGAGCCAAGCAGCUCUCUUUAGUACAGGAAGAUGGGAGCAACAGAGCCGUCAACUCAGGAGCUCCCUACGAAACAGAGGAUGAGCUCCUGUCCCUGGAUGACUUCCCUGACUCCCGGGCCAAUGUGGAUCUGAAAAAUGACCAGGCAUCCAGUGAGCUGCUUAUCAUACCCCUUCUGCCCAUGGCCCUGGUGGCCCCUGAUGAAGUGGAAAAGAACAACAGCCCCUUGUAUAGUUGUCAGGGUGAGGUCUUGGCCAGCCGGAAGGAUUUCAGGAUGAACACAUGUACCCCCGGCCCCAGAGGUUCCUUUAUGUUGGAUCCAGUGGGAAUGUGUCCUGUGGAGCCUCCAGAUGUGUGCCCCAUGCCAAGAAGCCUGAAAGAUGGUGAGGAUGUUGAGGAGCAGCCAAUGGAAGUCUCUAGGAAUGGGAGUCCUGUUCCUGUACUCUGCGUCUCCCAAGAGCCAGAUGGCCCUAUGCUCAGUGGUGGAGAUGAGGAUGCAGAGGAUGUAGCAGAACUCCCAGAGGUUGCUCCAGAGCCUGCAGAGCCCAGGACCUCACAGCAGAGUGCCACCUUGCCAAAGAGGUACAUGCUGCGGGAGCCACGAGGGGCCCAGGAGCCUGCCUCCCGGCUACAGGAGACCCCAGACCCCUGGCAGAGCCUGGACCCUUUUGACUCCUUGGACUCUAAGCUCUUCCAGAAAGGUAAGCCCUAUUCUGUGCCCCCCUGUGUGGAAGAGGUUCCAGGACAGAAGCGCAAGAGGAAGUGUGCUACCAAGCUGCAGGACUUCCACCAGUGGUACCUGGCUGCCUAUGCCGACCAUGCUGACAGCAGGAAGCCUCGGCGAAAGGGCCCAACCUUUGCAGACAUGGAAGUGCUGUACUGGAAACAUGUAAAAGAACAGCUCGAGACCCUUCAGAAGCUACAGAGACGUAAGGUGACUGAGAGAUGGCUGCCCAGUGCCAAGGAGGAUCUGUGGCCUGUAGAGGAGGAACGCUUGGAAGAUUCCCUAGAAGACCUAGGGGUAGGAGCAGACGACUUUCUAGAACCUGAAGAGUAUGCAGAGCCUGAGGGGGUGAUGCCUGGGGAAGCUGCUGACCUAGAUGCAGAGGCUAUGCCCGAGUCCCUGAGAUAUGAGGAGCUGGUCCGAAGAAAUGUGGAACUCUUCAUUGCCACCUCCCAGAAGUUUGUCCAGGAGACAGAGCUGAGCCAGCGCAUCAGGGACUGGGAAGAUUCCAUCCAGCCCCUGCUCCAGGAGCAGGAGCAGCAUGUGCCCUUUGAUAUCCACACCUAUGGGGACCAGUUGGUCUCACGGUUUCCCCAGCUCAAUGAGUGGUGUCCCUUUGCAGAGCUUGUAGCUGGGCAGCCUGCUUUUGAGGUGUGCCGCUCCAUGCUGGCCUCCUUGCAACUGGCUAAUGACUAUACGGUGGAGAUCACCCAGCAGCCAGGACUGGAGGCAGCUGUGGACACCAUGUCUCUGAGACUGCUCACACACCAACGAGCCCAUACCCGCUUCCAGACCUAUGCUGCCCCCUCCAUGGCCCAGCCUUGAGUGGAGAGCACUGAGGCAGGGGUGGAAGAGUUUCACUUCCUGGGAUCCCAAGAAGGACUCGAGGUUUGAACUGAGAGAGCCUGGGCCAAGCUUUGGGCCCUAGAGCCAGUAGCACCAUGGACCUGAAGCUUCUGGAAAAGA